CCGAAACCAUCCGAAACUGCGCAAAACCAGCGUGUGCAAGGUUCCACCAUCUCCCACUCAUAUGGCUAUCUGCAAAGCCUCCCGUCCCUUCCACAGAUCUGAAUUGCGAUGAGACGGGGAGGCAAUCCGUUGACAACCGCCAACACAAACCAGGGUCAUUUCCAGACGCCGGACCGGGCCCCUUCGGCGCUGAAGCCCAAGGCAGCGACGACCUCGAAGAAGAGGAGUGCAACGCCAGCUUCGUCGGCGUCUGCGUUGAGACCGCGGAAGAGGAACUCGCUGCCAAGUGCGCGAGACCAACCGACCCUCACGCAGAUUGAUUUCGUGUCGACGAAGUCGCAGAGUAGCUUUGAGCAGGACGAUGAUGAUCUCGACUAUAUUGAUGAAGCGCCUGGAAAUGGUGCUGAAACGUCGCGCGAGGUGAUUGAGAUUGAUGAUUCGGGAGAUGAUGACUACCAGCCACCGUCACGUCUCCCGAGAGGCAACGCCCGCACUGUCAGGUUUGGGUCGGAUUCGAAACGCGAUCAGUCGAAACAGAGGAAGACUUCGAACAAGGACAGAGCUGAUGGAAAGCGAGAGACGAAGAACAAGCGCGGAAAGAAGGACAACAAACCAGCAGAGAAGGAUAAAACCCUCACGCAGAUGGACUAUGUGCGCCGUUAUUUGAAGAUCGAGCCUGAUGACGAUGUGAAGCUGGAGUACACCUAUGUUACUCCCAAAAGGGAAGAAAGCCAGAGGAAUCGUAUAUCGAACCAGAGGGUGCCAGACCCCGAUCACACUCAGGAGCCCUCUAGCGAAAGCAAAAGAAGAAAGCUAGCCAGUGAUGAUGUGGCAGAGAAGAAAACGGUGAAAACCGCGGCACAAGAUCUCGAACAUCAGGAUCCACAACUACCAAAAACGCCUCGAAACCACCGGACUACCAUUCCUUCUUCGCAGUCGCCUGAAAGCCCGGGACUCGCCAUAAUAUCCUCUUCUCAAUUUCGCGGCGCACAACGGUCUCCUUUGGAACGCUUUUCGCCACGGGACAGCCAUCCUAUCAAAGAAGAAUCACCCCGACAUAACCAGCCAGAAGUGUCGCGACAGAGUCCGGACUUGGGAACAUUACCCCGACAUAUGUCUCCGACUCCCGUCAAGCGAGAGUAUUCGCCAAUUAAUCGGCCUGCUUUCUAUAGGCCACCCGUUCAUAGUGCAGUGGGCGUAGGAAAUGCGGCUGAUGAAUCUGAAAAACCUCCCACCGCCACGCCUAGGACCGUGGUAUAUGAGACCGAUGGGGAAUCGAACUACGACAGUUCAGAGUGCGGCUUCUCUGGUACACCCACCUUACCCACGGCCCACCUACUCGAAAGUGACGACAAUAAUGAAACCCACGACAACCACAAUGACGACGACGAGCUGCCUGAUAUUGACUCCCAAUAUCUCCCACCGAUUCCUCACACUGAGCUAGAGACCGAGUCCGGUCUCACGUCAGAAACCAACCUCCCAUCCGAUGCAUCAAUAUGUUAUCAGAGGGUGCAGUCUGCUACCCAGUUUCCGCUAGAGCCUAUCCCGGUGUUGGAUACACAGAAAAUGGCAGAAUUGUUUCCUGAGAAACCCCACAACCCCCACUCCAUGUCGACAGCUUCUGGGUCACGCCCAUCUCGAGGCAUUGGAUCGCCUAUCCCAUCUGAUCCAUUACACGCCCAAAGCUCGACCCAGACCGAAACCCAGACGCAAACUCAAACACAAACGCAAUCACAAUCACAAACUCAGGAUCUGGAAAAGACAUCGACUGAACUUGUUCCCGAGUCUUCGCCCAUCGCAGAGCACGAAACUCGCAUGCGUCCAAACAACAAAAAUCCACUCGGACCCCGAGCCCCAGACACCGCCGUCCAAGUCGAGUCAUCGCAGCCAGCAGACAGAUUUACCAAAACCAUCAGCCAACGGCAGAACCCUCCUGCCAGAGGUAUCUUGACUGGCAGCCAGAUUCUUACAUCCAGUGUCAUGGAAAGCGUUCCCUUCCCGGCGUUCUGGCUGGGAAGUCAAGAUAGCGUAGGAGAACCCUACAGUCUUCCAGAUACGAGUGGUUGAGAACGUUACAUUGAUACACGAUAUAUAUACCCGCAUAUGCAUAUGGAU